AUGAAAGUAAUCCUUGAACUGCUGCGAGGUGCAGGCUCACCAACCGCAUCUGAACCUUGGACCAUUUCCGAAUGUUGGCAGCUAAUGAAAAUGAGUUUGAGGUCACGUCGUGCUCAUUCCGAGGUCCGUACUAUGGUAGAAGGAAGGAAAUGGGAUAGCAAUGAGGAUGGCCUCUUGCGACGUCUGAAAUUACUCUACUUCAAUUCGCCAGAAUAUACCCGAGAAGAGCUGCGAGCCAGCUAUUCUGACUGA